AAUAUACGGAAAACUUAAAAAGAUGAUAGCUCGACGAUUCGCAAUCGUAAGUUCCUUUCUUUCAAGGAUAAAUUCAAAGAAGACGAUACAAAAACUUAGCACAUCGUCUAAAACAGCAGAUCCUUCUCUCCUAAUGAUGGAUCCAAAACCGAAGAAAACGCAACAAUUCAGCAAAUCACAUGUAACCGCAAGUCCCUCUCUGUCAAAGAUUGAUCUGCGAGAAGCAAUGAAGAUGCGAAACGACGGCGAUUUGCUCCUUACGGGUAAAGUAAUAGCUUCAGAAGCAAGAAACUCUAACUUCAUCUUCUCUCCGGCAUCAAUCAACUCCGCCUACACAAUGAUGGCUGCGGGCUCCCGCUCUAUCUCCGACGAGCUUAAAGCAGUCUUCAGCGAGAUCGCUACCGUCGUUUUUGCUGACGGCAGCGCGAGCGGUGGCCCAAAAAUCUCGGCAAUUAACGGCAUUUGGGUGGAGCAAUCACUCCCAACUGAUCAUUCGUUAAAGGAUCUCAUGGAGAAAUCUUUCAAGGCUACUUUCGCUCAAGUUGAUUUCCUAUUCAAGGCUGAAGAAGUGCGUUGUGAGGUGAAUAAAUGGGCUUCAGAUCAGACCAAUGGUCUCAUCAAAGACCUUCUUCCUCCUGAAUCCAUUAAUAGGGAAACCAUUCAGGUUUAUGGAAACGCAUUGUAUUUUAAAGGAGCUUGGGCUAUACCAUUUCAUAAGUCGCGUACAACAAACAAAGAGUUUCACCUUCUCGAUGGUGCGUCAGUGUCUGUGCCAUUUAUGAGCAACAAAGUGGACCAAUACGUUAAGGCUUACAAUGGUUUCAAGGUCCUCAGGCUCCCAUACCGACAAAGCGAUGAUGAUAUCAAUCGUGAAUACUCUAUGUAUUUCUAUCUGCCCGACAAGAAAGAUGGAUUGGAUAUGCUCGUGAGGAAAAUGACAUCUACUCCUGGAUUCGUGGAUAAUCACAUUCCAAGUCACAAAGUUGAAGUUAGUGAUUUCAGAAUUCCAAAGUUUAAGAUAUCUUUCAUGUUUGAUGCUUCCAAGGGAGAGGUUUCAAUGUACCAUAAAGCUUGUGUCGAGAUUGAUGAAGAAGGUGCAACAGCUGCUGCUGCCACUGCUUUUAGGCUGGUGAGCUAUUCUCCUGGUCUUAAAAUCAAUUUUGUGGCUGAUCAUCCAUUUCUCUUCUUGAUUAGAGAAGACAGAACCGGAACUAUUUUGUUUGCUGGUCAAAUCUUUGAUCCUUCGAAGAAAUCUUCCUAAACGGGCUCAGAUCAGGUUUAACCGGGUUCUGAUCUUAAUUGAUCUGGGAAAGAAGUCAAAUUUAUGCCCUGUAGUUUUGAGUUUAGUUCUUGUUCUAAUUUGAGCAUUUUUUUUUUUUGGUCAAACGUUCUAAUAUAAGCAAUUAUAUUUAGAAAGCCAAAAAUUGGUUUCAGUCUAGGAGAUAUGGGAAAUUUUAAUUUAGCUAGGUUUAUGUAAGGUUCACUGAAUUGAUGUCUAAGAAGAAGAUUUGGUUCA